AACGGGGCAGCCUGGAGCACAGAGCAGGACAGCGAAUGUUGGCCUGACACUGGAAACUGCAUCCUGACUCAGACUGCCAGCCCUGAUGAGACAGAGCCAGGGCACUCACAAGGCUGCAGGAACAGCGCUGGGGUGAGCACCCCCACCUCGGGGUCCAUGUGCCCACCCCAGGCCCAAGCAGAGGUGGGCCCCACCAUGACUGAGAAGGCAGAGAUGCUGUGUGCCCCCAGCCUGGUGCCCACCUUGUCACCUAAGCCUGUAUCACCUGGGCCCCCACAGGCAGAGGAAGUGAGCCCCCAAAGCUCAUCACCCCCCAGGUUGCCCCCUGGGGUGCCAGUGAUCAGCCUAGGACAUACCAGGCCCCCAGGGACAGUCAUACCCACCACAGAGCUGAGCACCCUACGGCCCCCCUUGCUGCAACUUUCUGCCCUAGGACCCACCCCACCUGCUUUGGCCCUGCAUUACCACCCUCACCCCUUCCUCAACAGUGUCUACAUUGGGCCGGUUGGACCUUUCAGCAUCUUCCCUAGCAGCCAGCUGAAGCGGAGACCAAGCCACUGUGAGCUGGACCUGGCUGAAGGGCACCAGCCCCAGAAGGUGGCCCGGCGCGUGUUCACCAACAGCCGCGAACGCUGGCGGCAGCAGAACGUUAACGGUGCCUUCGCGGAGCUCAGGAAGCUGCUGCCAACACAUCCGCCCGACCGGAAGCUGAGCAAGAACGAGGUGCUCCGCCUAGCCAUGAAAUACAUUGGCUUCCUGGUGCGGCUGCUGCGCGACCAGGCGGCUGCCAUGACCGCAGGCCCCACCGCAUCCGGGUCCCGCAAGCGGCCAACGCACAGAGUCCCAGUCGACGGCGUCCACCAGGGAUCCGUACGCAAGGCUGAGGUGACCACGAGCUCGCAGCCCGGGCCCUCCGCCGACCCCGACGGCAGCCCGGGUGGGGCGGCUCAGCCCAUCAAGAUGGAGCAAUCAGCUGUGAGUCCGGAGGUACGGUGACCCCACGCGGCGAGGCUCUGAGCCCGAGGGCACCGGGGACUCAGACCAGGGCCGUCCAGGAAAGGGCCGACCUUGCGCUGCGCCUGAUCCCCAGCAAACUCGCCUAGUGAGGACGUCCCCGACGGGGCAAGUUUUCAAGGGCCUGGAAGGGUGACCGUCGCCCCCUGGAGUCCCAGAGACCUUUUAUUUAAGAAUCACCCACCGCCUAUUGCAAGUGGCCCAUUGCAAGUGUCUCUUUCCCAGAGACGAGGUCAGCCAUCCAACAUGGUAGAGCGGUGAUCGGACUAAGUGGUGUCUCUUUUUUUUCGGGGCUGGGGUCACGUGGAAGCGGGGAGUUGGGGGUGUUAGGGAGGAGCUGAGGAGCCUUUGCCCUUCUCACUGGCGCCCCCUCCCGGAAUGCUAGGGACAGACGCUCACCAAGGGCUCCUGCCGUGCGCCUGGCUCAUAGAGAGAAGCGCGGAGUCCACACAGUGUACGCAACCCGUCGGUCCCGCAUGGCCGCGCCAGCAAAGGCUCAGACGCACUUGCUUUUGUUUUUCUUUAUUUCUUUAUUUCACAUACACAUUAGCCAUUCAAUGGAGAAGCCGGAGAGAGUCAGGCAAAGAUGGUAUAACAGAAGCGCAGUGACGGGGGCGGGGCAGGGCGGGGCAGGGCGGAGAGGGAACAGACGGGCUGGCUGCCUACUUGCAUUCCGCUAGGACACUGAAAACCCAGAAAA